AUGAAAUUUCAGCAAUUCUUUUAUGCAUUUUUCAUUUUUAUGAUGAGCCUUCUCCUUAUCAAUGGACAGAGACCAGUUAAUUUGGCAAUGAGGAGAAAACUGCACAGACACAACUGCCUUCAGAGGAGAUGUAUGCCUCUCCAUUCACGAGUGCCCUUCCCCUGA